UGUGAGUGUGUGAUAUGAGGGUGAUGAUUUCUCUUUCUCUCUGCCGCUGUCUCACAGGAGUCCUGCAGCCCAAGAGAAGCCCCAAAGUGCUGCAGUUGGAAAGAAAGGACAGUCAGGGCAGCUCUCAGCACAGCAUAUGCAGUCACCGCAGCACACACACCAACUCACCCGGCCGACCACAGCCCAUCGUGCCCACUGACACCCUGGGGGGCCCUCCGCCCGUGCCGCCUCCUCCCACCCAGCCACUGCCCGUCUUGCCUGCCUUUGACACCUCUGCAGCCAAUGGGACGCUCCAGAAGAAACCGGACCCCUUCAAGAUCUGGGCGCAGUCCAGGAGCAUGUACGAGAGCCGGGUACCAGACUCUCAAGAACAAGACAUUUUCCUCUGGAGGAAAGACACAGGCUUUGGCUUUCGGAUCCUGGGAGGAAAUGAACCCGGAGAACCGAUCUACAUAGGGCACAUAGUGAAGUACGGCUCAGCGGAUGAGGACGGCCGUCUGCGCUCCGGAGACGAGCUCAUCUGUGUCGAUGGCACGGCGGUGGUGGGAAAGUCUCAUCAGUUGGUGGUGCAGCUCAUGCAGCAGGCGGCUAAACAGGGUCACGUCAACCUCACUGUCCGCCGCAAAAACGCUUACGGAGUGUAUAAGGGUGAGGCAGACGUGCCACCGUCCCCGGCCUCCUCUCACCACAGCAGCACGCAGGCGCCGUCGCUGACAGAGGAGAAGCGCACGCCGCAGGGCAGCCAGAACUCGCUCAACACCGUCAGCUCAGGCUCCGGCAGCACCAGCGGCAUCGGCAGCGGCGGAGGCGGCGGCAGUGGGAGCACCGUGGUCAACAUGACACCCGCCGCCCUGCAGCCCUACGACGUGGAGAUCCAGCGUGCCGAGCACGAGGGCUUCGGCUUCGUCAUCGUGUCGUCCGUGUCACGGCCUGACGCCGGCUCCACCUUCGGUACAGUGUUCGUGUGCUCGGAGGCAGAGUAUUACUCGGUUGAUCUGGAGAGGGAGAGUAAAGGUUUCGGCUUCAGUCUGAGAGGCGGUAAGGAGUACAACAUGGAUCUGUAUGUGCUGCGAUUAGCGGAGGAUGGAGCCGCUGUCAAAAACGCCAAGAUGAGGGUUGGUGAUGAAAUACUGGAGAUCAAUGGUGAAAGUACGAAAAAUAUGAAGCAUUCUCGCGCCAUCGAGCUGAUCAAGACCGGAGGCAGACGAGCUCGACUGGUGCUGAAGAGAGGAGAUGGAUCCGUCCCAGAGUAUGACGGCCCAAAUGACAGCUACCCUCCCUCACCCAGGCCACAAAAUAAUUCGAAAGUGAGGGCCUUGCUGGCCAGCGGCCCCUUUCAUCAUCCGUCCGAGUCCAGCUAUACAUCAGAGCAUCACACACCAUCCCAGCCCAAGCAGCAGCAACCGAAAGACAGGCAACAUGAUCCAGCGAGAGAACGAGAGAGGGACAGCAGAACAGGGCUGUAUUCCAGCGCUCCACUCCAGCCUUCCUGGAACAACCGUCCCAGCCCCUCACCAUCCCCUGACAGCAGCAAAAACAACUCCCACCGCAAGGUCAAGAAGUCAGAGUCGGAGAGCAGCAUUGCCAAGCUCUUCAAAACGCUGAGGAAAGAGGGUGGAUUUGGGAGGAAAAACUCCAACCAGGACCUCCUGAGGCGAGGCCGCAAACCCUCCGUAGACACACAGAGUAGCACGGGGUCUCAGGUGCGCAGCGGGUCCUUGGAUCGCUCCUCCACCCGGAAGCGCAACACCUCUCCAGACCGCCGCAGGGCCAAGUCUGUGGACCGGCGAACGACACGCUCAUAUAAAGAUCAGUCCCCUGAGCGAAGCUAUCAAGACACUUCCCAGGACCUGCUGUGCCAGAUCUCCACUCCAGAAAGGCUUGUCCGGCCCCAGAAAGAGCCCCAAACUCCCCGCAGGAACUACAGCAAAGAGGGCUACUUCACAUCCACCCCUGAGCGAUCCCACAAACCCACGGCCCACGCUCUCGCUUGCACACCUGAACGUGGCCUAAAGAACAGGAACGUUCUGCUCAACAGUUCUCCAUCCAGUCAAGCUGAGAGACAGGGAUACUUCAUCAACGGAGCCCCGGAAAGAUGCUUCCACAGGAGAUCGGACAGCAGCAGUGACGGAAGUUACUUGGAAGAGGCCGCUGCUCCACAGCUUAGGGAUUAUUACAACGCACUGAAAGCCAGCGGUGCGAGCGGGAGCGGCGUGGGCCUCGGCCUCGUUCAGAGCUCUCCGAGCAAGAGACGGCUUUACAAGGAGAACCACGCAGACCUCAGCAUCUGAGCUCCACAGGGCUGAGCUUCACCACAGCGGAACAAGGCUCCUUUUUCUAGUUUGUUUUGAUAGGUUGUGUUGCGAGUGAGAUCCAUGUUUUUUUUUUUUUAAAUGUGUCUACUUUGCGUGUCCAAAUUGAGAUUUACUGAACAAGAGCACAAGCAUUCAACGUUUGUUUCUUUGUUUGUACAUUUUAAUAGACGUGCGGCGAAACCUGAACUCAGACUAUGAUGCUACUGUUUAAUUGAGUAAUAUAUAUUUAAGCUGUAUAUUUAUUUUGAAAAACUGAAAUGUUACUCGAUGGGAUGUCCAGAUGAAAAAAAGCAUCAUUCUGUCUUGGUCUGUUGUAUAAUAUCUGACUUUGUUAGUCCUAACACUGCACUGGACUGAGGCAUGAGCCACCCAUUAGCAAAAAAGAGGGAAAAAUUAAGGUAGAAAAAUAUUAUGUUGUGGCACAAAUUUUUUUUUCUCCAUAAUCACCAGAACUUAGUCUAAAGGCACAUAUGCACAAUUGAGAAAACUUGACCCAAUUUUAGCUUAAAGCAAGUUAUUUUAGGAAUAAAUCGGAUGCUUUUUAAAAAGUGACUUAAAAUGCAUUCAGCCUGUUUGUCAGUGUGUUCCUUGGGAAACAAACCACAGAGCAGUUGAGCUACAGGAACAUUCAACUAUAAAAACACUGAAUAUAUGAAAUGUGAGAGGCUGUUCUAAUUCAGUCAUUUUAAGCAAAAGUUUGAAGUAUUUUGAAUUGUUCCUUAUGCAGCCACAUUUACCUCCAUAAAGUCAAGUACCAAAGGCGAUUGAAAUGCUCUGAACGAAUGGAAUCCUUAACAAGCUUGUGAAAAUAAAUGUGACGCAUCGACGCUGCACACAUUAUGAGCUGAAUGUUGAGUUGCAGCAUGGAAUAUUCAGGUCGCCAGAUCUGAUCCAAAAGACUACGUGAAAACGGCAAUCUGCCAAUCUGAGCCACCACUGGUUUUCCGUCACGCUCUCGAGAGCCACUGAGCUUCAGUGAUAUACAGACGCAAUGCGUGUUUGUUUGGGAACACAGCUGUUUCGUGCAUUUCGACAGGACCAAGAACAGGGAAUUCCUUCAGUGUCAUCUGAAUAGUACUGUAUCAAAAUGAACGUAUCAGCUGCUGUCUUUUGUACAAAUUUUAUUACUGUAUGUACUUCAAACCUGUGUAGGUAAGGAUACUGUUGCCUUUUCUCUGUACAAAAAAUAAUUUAUGAAAGAUGUCCACCUAAAAGAAGAUGCGAAUAUGUUUCUACUGUGCUCACUGGGACUAUGAGUAACGUGUGUACUCAGAAUCAGGCGUAUGUAAAGUUGUAUUUUUUCCCUCUCUCCAGGAAGGAUGGGAAACGGAUGUUUUUCAAGGAAGAGGGUUGAUUAUCUGUUGUGAUGGAUAACCUGCUUUUUUUAAUGGAGAUCUUGUAUACUGUCUGUGGUCUCUGAAACGUUCUAUGGAUUUUAAAUGCUUUUUUUUCUGUGUCGAUAAAAGCAGUACAUGUAUAUGGUCUAGUUUUUUUUUUUUUUUUUUUUAUGAAACUAUGCAUAUAUAUAAAUAUAUAAAUUCUGCAUUGUCCAUAGCGUUAUUUGACUCAUGAAAUUACACAUAACAUUAGUCUAAGUUCAAGUAGACGUGGACUUACACAGUAAAGCUGUUUUUCUUGUUUGGAUGGAUCACAAUGUAUAUGUAGCUAUCAAAAAGAAGUCUGUGAAUGCUAUUUUUAUUAUCAAAUAAAGUUUUGCAUACAAA